CCCCAUCCAUCUUUUUCGUCCUCCCCUAUGUUAUCUUCGUACCUCGAUUCGAGCACCCGCUUGGGGGGCUCAUUCAAAUACCAGUUCUUUCCACUCAAAAACGUGCUUUUGUUCGUUUCUUUCAGCGCGAAGCGAAGUUCGAAGUGGCUCUAAGUUUAAGAAAGCAUGGAUCACAGCGCCGAUGCCCAACGCACGGACUUAAUGACCAUCACACGGUUCGUGCUCAAUGAGCAGUCCAAGCAUCCUGAAUCUCGCGGCGAUUUCACCAUCUUGCUCAAUCACAUUGUUUUGGGUUGCAAGUUCGUCUGUUCUGCUGUUAGCAAGGCGGGUCUUGCAAAGCUCAUAGGACUUGCUGGUGAGACCAAUGUUCAGGGUGAAGAACAAAAGAAAUUGGAUGUCCUUUCCAAUGAAGUAUUCAUCAAGGCUUUGAUAAGCAGUGGGCGAACAUGCAUCUUGGUAUCAGAAGAAGAUGAGGAAGCAACAUUUGUGGAACCCUCUAAACGUGGAAAGUAUUGUGUUGCUUUUGAUCCUCUGGAUGGUUCCUCUAACAUUGAUUGCGGUGUUUCCAUCGGCACAAUUUUUGGGAUCUAUAUGGUGAAAGAUCAUGAACCCACUAUAGAAGAUGUCAUGCAACCGGGGAAGAACAUGUUGGCAGCUGGUUACUGCAUGUAUGGGAGCUCUUGCACGCUUGUGUUGAGCACUGGAACUGGUGUUAAUGGAUUCACCCUUGACCCAUCUCUUGGAGAGUUCAUUCUUACUCACCCUGACAUUAAGAUCCCAAAAAAGGGCAAGAUCUAUUCAGUGAAUGAAGGAAAUGCCAAGAACUGGGAUGGUCCUACUGCCAAGUAUGUGGAGAAAUGCAAGUUUCCGAAAGAUGGCUCAUCUCCGAAGUCGCUAAGAUAUAUUGGGAGCAUGGUGGCUGAUGUCCAUCGUACGUUGCUUUAUGGAGGAAUCUUUUUGUACCCCGGUGAUAAAAAGAGUCCUAACGGGAAACUCCGCGUUCUCUAUGAAGUGUUCCCCAUGUCAUUCUUGAUGGAACAGGCAGGAGGCCAGGCUUUCACUGGCAAGAUACGGGCACUUGACUUGGUUCCGAAGAAGUUGCAUGAGCGAUCUCCUAUAUUCCUCGGCAGCUAUGAUGAUGUUGAGGAAAUCAAAGCACUGUAUGCUGCCGAGGCUGCGGCUAAAUAGGAGUGUGAACCCAGGAAGGAAAGCGCCCGACUGUCUUCCGCAACAUGUUGCAGCUGCUUUCCCUGUUAGAAUAUUACAGAUGAUCUGGUCGUGUAAAUGAUAUAAAGUUCUUGUGACUGGAAGAAGGAGUAACGCAUUCCUUUUCUGGAUUUGUAUGGCCACACUUAAGACGUAUCAAAUUAUCAAUGCAAAUCAUUUUGCUCGUCGUAA